UGUAUCGGCUAUCCUCCACCCUAACAGCCAACUCUGGUGCUUUCUUUAUUCUUGUUCGAAUCAGCUGGUUUGGCGAUACAAAUGACUAGACAAGAUUGGUGAUAAUUUAAACAUUUUGUUUGUGCGUAAAAAUGAGUGAACUUACUCAGGAAGAGAUACGUCAGCGUAGAUUGGCUCGACUUGCAGUCAUGUCCACUGGAGUUGGUCCACUGAGCAGUCCCAGUUUAUCUCCAGCCACAACUUCAGCGGAACCGAGCAAUGCUCUUUUCAUGGAAAAUGGGUCCAUGUUGUACACACCUUCCACACCUGUUAAAAACUAUCCAAUGGACAUUGAUGGAACUACUCCCCGGAAGAUCGAAGCAGUGGACAUGGAUACUACAACACCACGAAAAAUUGAAGCCAUGGAUACUGAUGAAUGUGCAGUCACUCCAUCCAAAGUCCAGUCUACUGCUGACAAUUUUUAUACUGAAAAUUUCCUUUACUCAACUGUUACAAGAAUUCUCCGUAUUUCCCUCAAAUCUGAGAAGACCUGCAUAAUUUUAUCUUCAGUUUGGCCAACCCAUCCUGUUUUGACAAGCAUAGGCCACAUGGAUAACAAUAGUGUUAUGCUAACAGUGACUGACUUGAUCAUGGAAGCAUUAGACCUAAUAAUGUAUUCUGCGGACAAGCCAACCCAGUUAUUUCAAGAUGGUUCUCAAAUCAACUGUCUCCAGUACUUGAUUGAUUGCUAUUCAAGAAUGGAAGAACAUGAGAAAAAAUAUUCCAAGAAAUGCAGUAUAUCUGCAGUAAGGGAGCUACUUGUGAACAUCAAAACUGAGCUCUGUGCUGCCCUUGCCCUUUUGUUGGAAGGCUUCCUCACAGAGCCUGUCAAGAAGAAUUACUAUAACAUGCUUUAUGAACAUCUUAAGAGACAUACUUUACCUUCAGAAUUUUUCUUUGAGUUGGUUCAUCAUCUGGAAGCAGAUGCUGUUCGCUUUAAGAAAAUUUUCUCACCCUUGCUCCUAGUUAUAAGGAAGGAAUCUCAGAAAGGCUCUGUGUCUGAUAGUUCUCAUACAGCUGCCCUGCAAGUCCUUUGUGAUCUGUGCGAGUGUCGGACGGGCGCCAGUUCUUCUAUCCGACCUUUUUGCAAUCUUAUGAUAAAGCUGGGGAAUUGGCUGGUGGAACCACUGACUGAUGCAAGUGGCCGCGAGUUUGCAAAAUUUACUUUCCUUGGUCCGUUUUUGUGUACAUCCCUUUUCGCUGAAGAUGACUCUCGAAUCGCCGAAAAACUACAGACUUCGACAAGUGACUCUCGCCCAAUGGUUUCAAGUCUUCAGCAGGAGCUAGAACUCACGCGCAACCUGCUUCAUAAGGUUUUUUACGCCCUGUUGGCUAACAGUGGAUCACGCGAGGCUACAUUACAGUGGAUCGCGACUGCGCUAAAACGAAACGAAAAGCGCUCAAUGAUAAACGUAGAAUCGCGACUUGUAGCUGGUGAUGGAUUCUUCCUCAACCUUGCUGCUGUCAUGCAUCAACUUUCACUCAAGAUCAAGCUUGACAAGGUCGAUACAUUUUACCCAUUUCAUCCACAAAGUCGCAUUAGCGCUAGUGUGUCCAAUGAGACCAAAAUCAGAGUCAAUUCACAAGAAAGCCAGCAAUGGGUGCAACAACUCAAUCAGCCAGAUUCCGGUCACACUUGGCAGGAAUGCAAGUUCCCAACUGAGUGCUGGUUUAUGACGUUACAUGCCCAACAUUUAGCUUACUUACCGGCUGCCCGGCGUCAUCAGCGAAGGAUGCGUGCUCUUAAAGACUACCAGAAACUGGUUGAUGAGAUGCAAAAUACCGAAACGGAGUGGAGUCAAACACCAGCCGCCCGUCGAAAUAGGGAACUUAUUGCCAUGUGGCAAGAACAGGUGAAAAAACUAUUAUUAAGCAAACCAUGCGCAGAGGCUGCCUUGAUGGACGAAAAACUCAUCAGUAACUACAUGCAUUUCAACAGUAUGGCUGCUGAAUUGGAAAUGCAAACCCUUUGUCCUGAAAUAAUGUUUGCCUCAAGUAGCUCAACUCUUCCAUCUAAAGCUACAGUUCUAUUUGCGAACUACCCAGAAUGGUAUGUGGAAGAUAUCGCUGAAUUCCUUCUGUUGGCCCUGCAGCAUAUGCCUCAAAUUGUCGCACGAACGAUGGAUCAAAUGGUCAUGACAUGGUUGCUUACUCUGGUUUGUUCAGCCAAUUGUUUCAACAACCCUUAUUUGGUAGCCAAGCUCGUUGAAGUGCUCUUUAUGAUGAAUCCCGCAGUCCAGCCUCGAACAGAGACGUUACACGAGCGGUUGUUGACUCAUCCAAUUAGUCAAUCCUCUUUGCCUCCGGCUCUGAUGAAAUUCUAUGCAGAUGUAGAAUCCACCGGAGCGGCAUCAGAAUUUUAUGACAAGUUUACAAUUCGAUUUCACAUCAGCAUCAUAUUGAAGAGUUUAUGGCAGAGUCCAAUUCAUCGGGAGACAGUUAUACAGGAGCUCAAAUCAGGCAAACAGUUUGUCAAGUUCAUCAACAUGUUGAUGAACGACACAACCUUCCUAUUAGACGAAAGCCUGGAGUCACUAAGAAGAAUUCAUGAGGUACAAGAAGCGAUGGAAAACCGCGCUAGCUGGGACCAACAACCCGAGGAGCAGAAAGAGACGCGGUUGCGACAACUUGCCACCGAUGAGCGUAUGUGUAAAUCGUACUUAACACUUGCUCGUGAGACGGUUGACAUGCUUCAUUAUUUGACGCAACACGUACCGGAUCCAUUUUUACGUCCCGAGCUGAUCGAUCGGUUAGCAGCGAUGCUUAACUUCAAUUUGCAACAGCUCUGUGGGCCGAAAUGUAAACAUUUUAAAGUGAAAAAUGCUGAUAAUUAUGGAUGGGAGCCUCGACGAGUUCUGGACCAACUAACCGAUAUUUAUCUUCACCUGGAUUCUGAUGUGUUCGCUCAAGCCCUGGCAGCGGACGAGAGAUCUUUCCGUUUUGAACUCUUCGAAGAAGCGGCCGUGCGUUUGGAGCGAGCCUUAAUCAAAGCCCCUCUUCAAAUUGCUCAUUGGAGGGAAUUGUCUGCGAAAGCGCAACGGAUUGUCCUUCAAAAUCAAAAACGUGAGCUGGACUUCAGUGAUGCUCCGGAGGAAUUUCGUGAUCCGCUAAUGGACACACUCAUGGACGAUCCUGUUUUGUUACCUAGCGGAAAAGUUAUGGAUCGAGCCGUCAUCCUCCGUCACUUGCUCAACUCAUCCACCGACCCUUUUAAUCGGCAACCUCUUACCGAGGACAUGCUGAUGCCUGUUGAAGACUUGAAACUACGUAUUGUGGCUUGGAAACAGAAAAAGGAAUGAAAGGUAAAUUCUAUAUCGCGAAAAUCUCGAUUGUUUGGCCAAUAUUUAGUUGAAAGGUUUUUCAUAUUGUUUUCGAAUGUAAUAAAUCUUGUUUAUUGCGGGCAAAAUACAAAAGUCUUAGGUU